AUGAACGACUUAGAACCUGUACGCCCAGGUCAACCUAACACGAUAUGGUGUCAUGUUCAUUGCAAGAGUAUCUUCGCACGACACGGGAUUCCUGAAGUUGUUCAAUCAGAUAAUGGACCACAAUUUGCAUCCCAGAAAUUCAGCAGAUUUGCUACAGAAUAUGGAUUCACCCAUGAAACCAGCAGUUCUCAUUAUCCGCAAGUUAAUGGAGAAGCUGAAAGGGCUGUGCAGACGGUUAAGAAUUUUCUGUUGAAAGCUGAAGACCCAUAUCUGGCGCUACUUAACUACAGAGCGACUCCUCUCCAGUGUGGUUUCAGUCCAGCAGAAAUGUCCAUGGGCCGUUGCCUGAGAACGAGAGUUCCAGUCGUCCCUGCCUUGCUUACUCCUGAUUGGCCUAAGCUGGCUGACACGAAGUUAGCAAAUGCAAACCAGAAGGAAGUGCAGAAAAAGAACUUUGACAGGCGGCAUAGAGCUACUACACUUCCGACUCUGUCACCUGGAGAUCAGGUUUGGAUCAAAGAAACGAAUGAAAUGAAGGGGGAAGUUGUGAAGCCUAUUGGUCCGAGAUCUUAUGCAGUCAGGACAUCGACUGGGCUACGCAGAAGGAAUAGGAGGCACCUAAAUCGACGAAGUUCAAGUCCGCCUCCUCAUCAACUGAUCAACCCUGCAGUGUCAUCGACUUUGCCAAACCCUGCAGAGAACAAUAUUUCUAUGGAUAUCGAUCCUGUACCAGUAAUGUCUGAGGAGACCAUGACAGAGUCCGCUUCAGCGUCGUCGUCGUCUUCUGAUGUAACAAACACCCAACCAAAGGGGAUUAUAACCAGAAGUAGUCGUGUAGUUAAAGUACCACAAAAACUGGACCUUUAA